AUGUUAUCUUUUGAAGCCAAACUGUCUAAAUUAAAUUGUAAUAUACAUGGUUUAGAGAUAUUGUAUGUGAAUAUUGGUUAAAAUGCAACAAAUAAGAGAGCAUUAUGUAAAUAAUGCAGAUGCAAUGAUAUAUAAUUACAUAGAAAUUAUCUUAACGAAGUUCUGCAGGAAUACAUUGAGAAAAGAAGGAAAGAUGCAAUAAAGUUAAUAUAAUAACUUUAGUUUGACUUCAAUAGAAAAUAUGAAUAAAUUAUGGGUCUACUAGACAAGAUCAAAGAGAUGUUUGACAGUAAAUUAAAAGAGUUUACAGAGAAGGAAUAUUUGAGUGAAUUUUAAGAGAGAUUCUUUGGAUGGGGUAAUUUGACUUUGAAGGAUGUAGAAGACUUAGGAAUAAUGUUAUCGAAGGAUGUUGAGUUUGUUGAAGAUUAAGUAUCAAUAAAAGAAAUCGAGUUCAAAAGUGAGGAUUUGGAGGAAUAUGUGGAUGUUUUGUCUAAUGUUUUGGAUGAUUUAGAAGAGUUAAAUAUAAAUUAGGAGAAGCUUGUAAAAUUGGAUAUGACUUUGCCAAAAUAUGAGAGGGAAAUAUCGCAAUUAGACAUAUCAAAGGAUGAGGAUAUGGCUGCAGUAGUGACCUUGAAUUCAGAUAUUGAUAUAUGGAAUUUAUAAACGAUGAAGAAGACAGUCUUAAAAGGACAUGAUGACAUAGUUAAUACAAUAGUAUUUAGUAAAUACAGCAACAGUUUGAUUACUGGAGGGAGAGAAGGCACAAUAAAGGUUUGGAAGUGUGAAGGCAAAUGGAUAAUACAUGACAUUCUGAUAGGACAUGAUGAUUGGAUUACUGCAUUAGCAAUUGGGAAUUAGGAUUAGUUAAUAGCUUCUGCUAGCAAUUAGGAAAUAUUAAUUUGGUCAUAUAAAUAGGAUCAUUAUGCCAAGGUUCAGAAGUUGUUAGGACACACUGAUUCUAUUUAUUCAUUGGGAUUUCUUAGUUAAUAGGAGUAUCUAAUAUCAGGUAGUUUUGAUAAGACUGUGAGAUUGUGGGAGGGGAAGGACAAACAGUAGUGGAAUUUCAAACAAUAAUUCUAUUAUCAUUCCGAUAAGGUGCAAUCAAUAGCUUGUUCUAAUAACAAAUUGUUUGGUUCAUGCAGUUGGGAUUAGUCAAUUAGAUUGUAUGAUCAGAUGACAGAUGAUUCUUAUGAUUGCAUACAAGUGUUGUAUGGUCAUCAAGGGAAGGUAUAUUAAAUACAAUUCAAUGACGAUUCUAAGAUUUUGUAUUCUUGUAGUCAUGAUAAUACAAUCAAAUUGUGGAGCCAAUUGUAAACCAAUUUUUGGGAGUGUUUCCACGAGAUUAAACAGGAUUUCCACAUUAAAUUUAUUGGAAUUAGACAACAUCGUUUGAUUUCAUCGAAUUAUUAUGAGAUUUAUGUUUAUAAAUAAGAAUAAAUCAAUUGA